GAGACCCGAGGGCUCUCAUUACUUGAAGAGAGAGAAAAGGAGCUCAAGAAUCCCUAGCUUUCUUUCUCUCUUUACAUUCUGCCUUGCACAACUGAAAAAAAAUAAAUAAAUAAAUAAGAAAAAGGCUGGGUUUUUCUUCUCAUCCACCUCCAAAAUGGUGUGAAGUUAAAAAAACCCACCAAGAUGUUUCAUAAUUAAUGCUUGUUGAAAAAUAUUGAUUUCUGAGAUGGUUGAAUACUUUUAGGUACUGUCAAACUUGUGAAUUGGAAACAAAGUUUGGUUGAGUUCCUUUCAACAAAAAUGGCGCUAGUAUUAACUUAUACGGCUGCCAGACAGUUGUCUCAGAUGUUACUGGCAUUAGCCUUUUUCCAUGGUUCUGAAUACCUAUUAGCACUUGUUAUUCAUGGCAUAUCAAAUGUCAAUCUCGCAUCUCUUCUAAUCAGCAACCACUACAUUCUUGCAAUGAUCUUGUCAUUCCUGGAGUAUUUUGUUGAAAUUCUUUUAGUCCCUGAACUGAAGGAACACUGGUGGGUUAGCAAUAUGGGACUUGCACUGGUCGUCAUAGGGGAAAUCAUACGUAAAUUAGCAAUUAUAACAGCUGGUAGGUCCUUCACACAUUUGAUCAGGACUAGUCACGUGGAACAUCAUAAACUGGUUACUCAUGGAAUCUAUAAGUUUGUUCGUCACCCAGGAUACUGUGGUUUCUUGAUCUGGGCAGUUGGCACGCAGAUAAUGCUGUGUAAUCCGUUGUCAACAAUUGCAUUUGCUUAUGUUGUUUGGCGCUUCUUUGCACAACGAAUACCGUAUGAGGAGUAUUUCUUGAGACGGUUUUUCGGUCCUCAGUAUGAAGAGUAUGCACGACGAGUUCAUUCCGGUGUGCCAUUUAUACGGUAAAAACAAAUUGAGUUUUCAGGCAUGGUUAGUUUCAUCUUGCUAUACGUGUCUUUGCUUAGUUACAAAUACAAUGCUGUAAUCACAAAGGGCUUGGAAAUUGGAAGUUGUUCCGUGGUCGUAGUUUAGAUUAUGUUAUUUAUCUAGUUCUUUUUGGCAAAGUGCUUGUUUGGAACUAAGCCCUGUUGACAUGAUCCGCAUAACUAGGAAUGGAACACAAACAGAGUGAUUGUUGUACUCAAAUUUUUCAAGGCUUCACCCCUAACGCUGUGUCUUAAGCACAAAUUUCCAUUAAAAUAUUUAUGCUUUUCGCUGCUUUGGUCUUA